AUAAAAAUUUCUUGUAAAUCAUUCUUCAUUAUCGCUUUGCCAGUUGAAGCUCACUUGACACGCCAAAAUCACGCCGGUCUUCUUGACGAUUCAUUUCAUUGAUUGAUCUUUUUUUUUAUUGUAAUUCAUCACUUUUCCUUUAUAUUGCAUCAUGUAUCGAGUAUCACGAAUUCUUCGAACCGCCACCCAUCAUUUGUCCCGGGUGAAUGGAACACAAACUACAUCGGCCAUUUCGGCUAGCCAUAUGCAUGAAAGUCGUCGUGGUACAGCCAAAGAUAUCAAAUUCGGUGCCGAUGCUCGUUCACAAAUGUUACAAGGUGUCGAUAUUUUGGCCGAUGCUGUCGCUGUUACAAUGGGUCCAAAAGGUAGAAACGUAAUUAUUGAACAAUCAUGGGGAUCACCGAAAAUCACCAAAGAUGGUGUAACCGUGGCCAAAGCAGUCGAAUUAAAGGAUAAAUUCCAGAAUAUCGGUGCUAAACUUGUACAGGAUGUUGCUAACAAUACGAAUGAAGAAGCUGGUGAUGGUACAACAACGGCAACUGUCUUAGCACGUGCUAUUGCUAAAGAAGGUUUUGAAAAAAUCAGUAAAGGUGCCAAUCCAAUUGAAAUUCGACGUGGUGUAAUGUCUGCCGUUGAACAUGUUGUUGAUAAAUUGAAAUCAUUCUCUAAACCGGUAACAACACCCGAAGAAAUUUCACAGGUUGCAACCAUUUCAGCUAAUGGUGAUCGAAAAAUUGGUGAUCUUAUAUCGGAUGCAAUGAAAAAAGUUGGCCGUGAUGGUGUACUCACCGUCAAGGAUGGAAAAACACUUUCCGAUGAAUUGGAAGUGAUUGAAGGAAUGAAAUUCGAUCGUGGUUAUAUAUCGCCUUAUUUCCUUACGAAAGGCAACAAAGUUGAAUUCCAAGAUGCCUUGUUGUUGAUUACGGAGAAGAAAAUCUCCACCGCUCAAUCAUUGAUACCUGCUUUGGAAAUGGCCGUCAAUCAACGUAAACCAUUGAUUAUUAUUGCCGAAGAUUUGGAUGGUGAUGCAUUGACAACAUUGAUCAUAAACAAAAUCAAAAUCAAUCUUCAAGUGGCCGCUGUGAAAGCACCUGGUUUUGGUGAUAAUCGUAAAAAUACCCUGCAUGAUAUUGCCAUUGCUACCGGUGGUAUUGUUUUUGGUGAUGAUGCAAACAUUCAUAAACUUGAAGAGAUUCAACACAAUGAUUUUGGCCAAAUUGGUGAAGUUACAAUCACUAAAGAUGAUACUCUUCUACUCAAGGGAAAAGGAAAUAAAGCUGAAAUCGAUAAACGGGUACAACAAAUUCGUGAAGACAUUGAAAAUACAAAUUCCGAAUAUGAAAAGGAAAAAUUCCAAGAAAGAUUAGCCCGUCUUUCAAGCGGUGUUGCCGUACUGAAAAUCGGUGGUUCUUCCGAACUUGAAGUGAACGAAAAGAAAGAUCGUGUUACCGAUGCUUUGAAUGCCACCAGAGCAGCCGUUGAAGAAGGUAUUGUUCCUGGCGGUGGUGUCGCUGUGCUCAGAUGUAUCAAAUAUCUAGAUGAUCUUAAACCGGAUAAUGAAGAUCAAAAGAUUGGUAUUGAAUUGGUCCGAAAAGCAUUGAAACAACCAUGCAUGCAGAUUGUACAGAAUGCCGGUGUCGAUGCUUCGGUCGUUGUCAACAAAAUUCUUGAAUCUGAUGAAUUGAGUUUUGGUUAUGAUGCUCUUAAUGAUCGAUAUUGUAAUCUAAUUGAUGCCGGUAUUAUCGAUCCAACUAAAGUAGUACGUACCGCAUUGAUGGAUGCCGCUGGUGUUGCAUCAUUGUUGACCACUGCCGAAACGGUUAUAUGUGAAUCACCCAAAGAAGAAGGUGCUAAUCCAAUGGCUGGUAUGGGUGGCAUGGGCGGUAUGGGUGGAAUGGGCGGCAUGGGUGGUAUGGGCAUGUAAAACCACAACCAUGUAUCAUUGUAUCGAUCAUAUACAUCCAAAAAACAACACAUGAUACAUCCUUCAAUACACUUUAUCCAUUUGAUCAUUAGGUUUGAAAAUCAUGUAGCCAGAGUUCAUGCGAAAGGUCAAUUAUUUUUGUACAAAUUUUUUUUUAUACUUGAAAAUUGAUGAAUUUUUUUCCUUCAUACAAUUGAAUUAGUUUGUUUUUGUUUCACAUUAGACCAUUUUUGGUAGUCACUAUUAUAUAUGAAUAAUAAAUUCUUUAAUUCCA